CUAUCAUUUUCCAGAAAAACAAAACAGCCACAGCAACAAUCAAAUUUUUCUAGGGUUUUCGAUCCGCCUCCCUUUUGAUAUCUGCAUUUUCUCGCCGCCCGCUGGUUCGUUCGAUUUUCUUAUUAAUUUCCAUCUAGGGAUUUCGGGGGAGGUCGAAAGCCGUUGACUUAUAGUUCGAAGAGAACGCUCAACAAUUUUUCAUAUUUGAAGAACUGAAUGAUCUAAUGGAGUCUAAAGGUGGUAAAAAGAAUUCUAGUAGUAGUAAAUCCUUAUUCUAUGAAGCACCUCUUGGAUACAGCAUCGAAGACAUCCGACCCAACGGUGGAAUCAAGAAGUUCAGAUCUGCUGCUUACUCCAACUGCGCUCGCAAACCAUCCUGAUAUUUCUCAAUUGGAAACCUAACCACAAGACGUGGUUCAUAAACUUUUAUUGCUUUUAGUUGGUUUUUGUGUCUUUACUUCGAUCAGCAUCUUCCUCUCUUCUCUCUUAGCGACUGUAGUAUCUUUGCGACUGUAUUCUGUUUGCUUUUUGGGUCUUCUUGCGACUAUAAUCGUUCCUGUUAGUUGAUAAUGGCCAUGGCGGUCUCUGCAAUUGGAUUUGAAGGUUUCGAAAAGAGGCUAGAAAUAUCAUUUUUUGAACCGAGCAUCUUCGUUGAUCCUGAAGGAAGGGGUCUUCGAUCUCUGGCCAAAGCUCAGAUAGAUGCCCUUCUUGACGAAGCUGAAUGCACUAUCGUCUCUUCAUUGUCAAAUGAUCAUGUGGACUCCUAUGUUCUUUCUGAGUCAAGCCUCUUUAUUUAUCCGUACAAGAUGAUCAUCAAAACUUGUGGGACAACCAAGUUGCUCCUUGUGAUCCCGCCUCUCCUGAAGUUGGCUGAAACCAUUUCCCUUUCUGUGAGAUCUGUGAAGUACACUCGCGGGAGUUUCAUUUUUCCAGGGGCACAGUCAUACCCUCAUCGUAACUUCUCAGAGGAAGUUUCUGUCCUUGACGGCUACUUUGGAAAGCUUGGUUCAGGAAGCAGGGCGUAUGUGAUGGGUCGGUCAGAUGGACCUCAGAAAUGGCAUGUGUAUUCUGCUUCUGCUGAAUCAGGAAGCUUAGUUGACCCUGUUUACACUCUAGAAAUGUGCAUGACUGGUUUGGACAGGGAGAAGGCUUCUGUGUUCUACAAAUCCCAAUCAAGCUCUGCAGCUGCAAUGACAAACGAUUCUGGUAUCCGAAAGAUCCUUCCAGAUUCUGAUAUUUGCGAUUUCGAGUUUGACCCCUGUGGUUAUUCCAUGAAUUCCAUUGAAGGAGCUGCAAUUUCAACCAUUCAUGUUACACCCGAAGAUGGUUUCAGUUAUGCAAGUUUUGAAACAGCUGGAUAUGAUCUGAAAGAUGUGAAUAUCAACCAGUUGGUUGAGAGGGUCCUGGCUUGUUUCCAACCGAGGGAGUUCUCCAUUGCUGUGCACGCUGAUGUUGCUACCAAGUCACUCCAGCAACUAUCUUCAGUGGAUUUGAAGGGAUACUGUCGCAAAGAGAGCAGCCACGAAGAGCUUGGAAUGGGUGGUUCCAUUGUCUACAAUAGGUUCCUCAAGACUGAGCGCUGUGGUUCUCCUAGAUCAACUCUUAAAGGCUGCUGGAGAGAUGAAGAAGAGGAAGAAGAUUAAGUACAAUAAAGUUAUUAUGGUCGGCAUUUUCUGAUUACGAAUAAUAAAUUACCCAUUAUCAGCAAUGGCCUGGUAAUGGUAAAAACCUAGAGCAUGUUUAAAAAUUGUCUUCAAUUACUUUUAUUGUUGCUGCAGUUUUUCCAUUCAUGUUAAGUGUUGUUUCUCUUGAGACAGCACAAGCCUUUGGUGGGCUCUAGUUAUUGUUUGUUUGAUUCAGACAUCUGUUAUUAACCAUCCUUGGUUAUGUUUAGCUAUUUAUUCUGAUUGGUUUUCGGCCCCUUUUGCUAUUUCAUA